AUGGCCGUGCCUCCCCCGACUGUCCGACCGCUGCAGCCUCCGGCAGGCUCCAGAAUUAACUUUGGCGCUCAGAUCGACGGCAUCGAUUUAGAGAAUCUGACCGACCAGCAGUUUGCGACCGUCCGCGACGCACUGUAUCACCAUCACGUCAUCGUGUUCAAGAAUCAGCAGAAACUCUCUCCCAAGGCACAAUACGAGCUCACCAAGCGCUUUGAUCCUGCAUCGGAUAACUAUGGUCACGGCAAGGCGCUCGAUGCAAAGCGAAGCAUCCUCCAUCCUGACCUGAAAACCAUUCCCCACCAGCCACAAGUUCAAGUGAUCGGCAAUGGCUUUGUUCCUUCAUACGAAGGGCUGGAAAAUGUCCAGCUGAAACACCCUCACCACCGAACAUUCCACAAGGAUCACAUUCCCGACGAUAAAGAUUACGAUUUCACUCGUUUCUACCGCUGGCACAUCGAUGCGGCCCUGUAUGAUUUAUACCCGCCCCAGGUGACAACCCUUUUUGCCGUGAAUGUACCAAAGGGCCGCCGCCAGACAUUGCUAUACGAUGAUGGGACCGGUGAGACACUGGAUGUUCCGCUCGGCACGACGGCAUUCGUGAGUGGCCAGCAGAUGUUCGAUGGUCUGUCCCCAAAGGACCAGGAGUUCGUGCGAACAAGCAAGAUUGAAUAUGCUCCUCACCCCUAUAUCUGGAUGAGCUCCGCUCGUUCAAACUCCACUGGCCUCGGUCUUCAUCCAGAAGGGCUCGAACUGCCCGAGUCAAAACUGCCUCCCAUUGACAAGGAGAAAAUCAUGAUACUCCCCAUGGUGUGGAAGAACCCCGUCACUGGAAAGCUCGCGAUGCAGGUACACCCGUCGGCGAUUCGCCGCAUUCACCUUGCUGAUGGCACUGUGAUCGACGACCUUAGGCGUGUGCGUGAAAUCAUCUACAAGUUGCAGAGACCGGCUAUCAGCCCUCAGUAUGUGUAUCCGCAUGAUUGGGAGAAUGGCGAUUUGGUUCUUUUUAACAACCGAGGUGUAUUACAUUCGGUUGUGGGUGCCUUCAAGCCAGAUGAGGUACGCCUGUUCCGCCAGUGCAAUCUGGCUGCCUCGGAGCCUCCUGUGGGAUCAUGA